AUGUUUUUGGACGAAUACAUGGAAUGUCAAACGGAAAAAUGUAUAGAUGCGAUGUUAAACAAUCCACGAAAACGAAAAGCAGUGCUGAAAUUUCAAGAAUAUCACCCAAAAGUUAAAAGAACUAAGUUAGUAGAGUAUGAAAUGCAUGUUCUUGACGGCGGAGUUUUAAUCCGCGAUAUUGUAAAAGGUCAUGGUGAAUGUGCCAAGUCAGGAAACACUGUUACAGUGAAUUGUAUAGGUGCAAUGCAAAAAAAUGAUCCUAUGAAAUCAUCUCAAUUAAAACGUUCUUUCACUUUUACCAUUGAUAAAGGUGAAGUCAUCAAAGGUUGGGAAAUUGGUAUAAAAGGAAUGUAUGUAGGAGGUAUUCGACAUAUAAUUGCUCCGCCUGAUACAGCGUAUGGCAAUGAUGGGUUGGCUCCUCUCAUCCCACAAAACUUUACCUUCAAUUAUACCGUGAUGCUAGUAAAAAUAAAUUGA